CUUAUUGGCUUUAAAAGCUUUCAUGGCCUCAGAUUUGUUCUGUUCACCUGCUUACUUUUAAUCUACAUUGUCAUUUUCUGUGGGAAUCUUUUCAUGGUCGGUUUGGUGCCGGUGGUCAGCCAUCUUCAUACGCCCAUGUACUUCUUCCUGAGCAAUCUCUCCGUCUCCGAUGUGCUGAUAACAUCCGACAUUGUACCCAACAUGCUACGGAUACUGUGGACAGAAAGGGGAAAUAUCAGUGUCUCCAGCUGUAUUCUUCAGUUCUACAUAUUUGGUUCUCUGACGGCAUUGGAGUGCUUACUUCUGACCGUCAUGUCUUAUGACCGCUACCUCGCCAUUUGUAACCCUCUGAGAUAUUCCUCCAUCAUGACCUCAGGACUUUGCCGCAAUCUCAUCAUCUUCUCCUGGAUAGCCGGUUUUACUCCCACAUUCCCAGUGGCAACUUGUCUCUCCAAGUUACGCUUCUGUCACCGGAACACCAUUGACCACUUCUUCUGCGAUCUGGCUCCCUUCCUGAACUUGGCUUGCUCAGACGUUUCUACCGUCAAAUUGUUGGCUUUCUCUUUCUCGUUCCUCGUCACCUUCUUCCCGUUCCUCUUCAUCAUCGUGUCUUACGUUUCCAUCAUUCACACCAUCCUCAGGAUAAAGUCAGAGAAAGGCAGACAGAAGGCCUUCUCGACGUGUAGCUCCCACCUGGCUGUAGUGUCCUUGUACUACGGAACUCUCUUCAUUCUGUAUGGUGUCCCCUCAAAGCAACAAUCUCUAGAUACCAACAAGAUUUUAUCUCUCUUAUACACCAUCGUAACGCCGUUCCUGAAUCCCGUCAUCUAUUCCUUUAAAAACCAGGAGAUUGGGAGAGCGGUUGCAAAAAUCCUAAAAUGA